AAAGUCGAUACAUAUCCCCCCCACUUCGCGGCGCGAUUGUGUUCCAGCUCCACUGAGCUAUCGGCUACAAAAUAUUGCUGUUUCCGAGGCAUUUUACCAACGGAUUUUUCCAACGAAGCUAGUCAGAAAUGGGUAACGAAAGUUCAAUGCCCCUGGAACUCUGUUCAAACUUCGAUGUGGACGAGAUCAGGAGAUUGGGGAAGAGAUUUCGAAAGUUAGAUUUGGAUAACAGUGGUGCUCUCAGCAUCGACGAAUUUAUGUCCUUGCCCGAAUUGCAACAGAAUCCAUUGGUACAACGUGUUAUCGACAUAUUUGACGCAGAUGGCAAUGGAGAAGUAGAUUUUAAGGAGUUUAUUCACGGAGUGUCUCAAUUCAGCGUUAAGGGUGAUAAAGAGAGCAAAUUACGCUUUGCAUUUAGAAUUUAUGAUAUGGAUAAUGAUGGUUAUAUAAGCAAUGGAGAGCUUUUCCAAGUGCUAAAAAUGAUGGUAGGCAAUAAUUUGAAGGAUACACAAUUGCAGCAAAUUGUUGACAAGACAAUAUUGUUUGCUGACAAAGAUGAAGAUGGCAGAAUUAGCUUCGAAGAAUUUUGUUCUGUUGUUGGUAAUACGGAUAUUCAUAAGAAAAUGGUAGUUGAUGUUUAAGUGCUCCAAAUUCGUGAAAAACUCUUGUUUUUACGAUACAUGGCAUAUUAAUUGAAAUCUAUAAAUUCAAUAUUAACAACAGAUUUAUGGGAUAGUUCUAAGUAACAAAGAUCUGUUUAGAGUGGAUUCACACCAUUGUUGUUCUUAAGCCUUUGAUUGUUGGUAAUUUAUCGAGAAAAAGAAUCUAUAAGGUAUGUCAGACCAAUACAGCAUGAUGCACGAAUAUAUUAGGUCAAUAUGAUGCACACAUACCUUGUAUUGUGUAUUAAGGAAUGUUUUGGAAUAUCUGACCAAACUAUUUUGUGUGUUCUUUUAUUGACAGAAAAGAAAAAAAGAGCAAAGCAGUAAUGUAAUCACAAAUGCUUAUAACAUACAAUUUGGUAUUUUAAAUUUGAUGCUAUAUAGUCUUUAAAACUUUUUUUUUUUUGUAAAAGUUAAGCGUCUAUUGUGCAAAAAACCUUAUGUAUAGGCGCACUUGAUUUAUUCCUUCCAUUAGUAACAUCCUUAGUGAUAAAGCACGAAAGUAAAAUCAAAUAUCGCGUUAUUGAUGCAAUCACUAUGCCAUAAACUUAUCGUAUUCCCUUUAUUGUACAAAAGAAUAAUUGUUAUCAUCAUUAAUAGGUUAUUAUUAAAGAUUUUAUUUGAUAACCACGGCCAAGAUCCAAGGUUACUAUUAUUUUAAGUUCUUAAUAUUUUACAAAUGUUAUAUAGGUAAUUCGAUAUUUCGUAUGUAUUAUGUUUACAAUAAACAAUCGUUGAGUGUGCAUUCGGAAGAGAGGGAUACCUGAGAAAAAAAAAUAGUAAGGAAUCGCAAGGAAAAGUACUAAUUAAGUCACACUACUUUGUCAGCCAUUGUGUGUAUAUCUUAUGUAUCAACGAGGGAUGUUUGUAAUUUUCGAGCGUGCGAUUUAUUUAUUUAGUUAUUUAUUUAUUAAUGUGAGUACAGAGAGAUGAUUUGUCACUAUGAAAUAUAUUAAAGUAUUUAUAACAGAUAAGUUUAUAUAUCUUAUCUUUGUUAAUUCUAUAUACACGUACAUGUUAUAUGAUAUUAUCGUGUCUAAACUUGAAAAAAGUUGUGAAAUAUAUUGAGAUUAAUCUGUA